GCCUCAUUUGCUUCAAGCUGCGAGUGCUUCAUCAAUCAAGCGUGGUUGAGUCUACUGUAUCCGGAUCCGGACGGCAUCGACGGGCGGCUGAAACCAGACAAGCCGUUGCUGAGCCUGCGAUACACGACGGCGGUGCGGCAAUGCUGUGCUGUGGACCGCGUGGGCACCUGAAGGCCGAGCGCAGAGCAGCGUCUAAACGGAUCAAUGGCGGCCUGGCGCCAGCGAUUGUUGCACUCUGGGAAUGUCAUUCUUACACUGUGUGUACCUCAUGUCUCGACUUGCUUGCAGAGAUGGCUCGUUCACACCACCCAACAACGGCGAUGCCACUCUGCCAAAGUCUCGGGGGACCGAGGCGUUUCGCCAUAGCUGGGGCGCCACUUGACCAUGGCCAGUCGUAAGCAAGCGCUUGCACGUCCAGGUGGCCGCUUGCCAAGGAAAGGGCCGUGCGAUCUGCCUCACAACAUCCGUCCCACGGCGGCCCACAAUCAAAUUAAAUCGCAAUGUGUGAGGACUCCUGCUAUGAAGAUCACUCGGUCUCAGCAGUAGAGUGCAGUGGAAAUGAGCCCGCAUGUUCAGCCGCCACUGAAGCGAGACUGACUGCAUCUGGCCACGCAACGCGAGGAGAAUGGCUCGAGGCAGACGCUGUCCAACGUCGCGGCGCCGGCGCUGAACGCAGUUCGAUGCGUGAGAGCCGCGUCCGCGCUUCUGGAUGGUCUCAUUUCCACAACCAGACUAAGAUUGCAAAUAAAACGCCUGGGUGCGCACCCGUGACAACAAGUCCAGCAUGGCACUGGCAUUAUGUCGCCUAACUGCGAGUUAACGGCGCGCAACGCUGUCUAGCGCGACGCGGCCGAGCUUCUACGAGUCCCAUGAGGCAUGUGGCCGGCAGCGCCGCCCUUGCGAGUCUCUCGCGCCGUGGUGGACGGCAGAGCCGCAAACGACGCCUGACUUCGGCGUCCAGUUAGCUUCAACGCGAUAGUAGCAGUGGCAUCCUCGCAAGUAUCCUCUCAAUCCUCUCGGUAGGUUCUGGUUUGUGGCGGACUACAUUUUUUUUUCUGGUGAUCCUGUGCAGCUCUUUGUAGCGAAAAAAAAACUGAAGUCUGUGUCAUCACGUCCACUGUGUACGCUUAGCAACGGGUUUGCCAGGUGAAUGUUGGCAUGUUUUGGACCAGCUCGUCUUGGAUUCUAUAGCAAGCAGUUGAGGAACUGGUUCGUCAACAAGGCGAAGUGAGGCAGGCACGACCGCCGGUGUUGAGCUGUCGCGCGGUGGCUUGCACAGAAGAUUGGCGUGCAUAAGUCUUCCAAACCGGGGCGUGAGACUUUUCCAACGUAGAAGAGGCUGCACCGAAGACUGUAUCUGCGAGCUCCGAGUUGUGUGCUGCCUUCCUCCUUGCAAGCUGUUUUUGUCCGUACGUGCCGCUGCGGCCGCCGCGAUGCCCGCCUUCGAACAAGAUGAAUGGAUUCCUUCAAACAGCAGCUCCCAGUGUGACCAUUGCACACGAAAAUGCUCAGCUUGGUGUAGAGCCAAGAGGUUCGAGUCGGCGGGUGAGUCUGUCCUUCAACUGGUGAAUUUCAUCACGCUCGAUUGGCAGCGGCUUUGCUAAACCCAAGGACAGUCAGCGUCAAGUGCCGGCCACAGCCGUGCAGCAACUUUGCACAUCAAUCGCGUGACACCAUCCUCAAUGAUCAUGCGGCCUUACUUACAUCGAGACGACAGUGGUCAGCUUCUUCUGCACGCGCGCAGGUGGGUGAAAGAUAGGCUCGACAGUGAGUACGGGAAGAGAUUGGCACGGUCGAUGGAGGAGCACCAUGUCAUUUCAACUCGCGACCCAAAGCUCAUUUGCCAAUUGGCCGAGUCUCGAGUAACUCGAGUGCUGAACAAAGAGUAGACGUUGCUUCAAGAUGCCUUUAACUCACCUGCCGUCGCUCCAGCACCAGCACCUCGCCGUGCUACCCCCGCUGCGUGCCUCGCACCCGCUUGGCCACAGCAACCAGCUCAACCAGCUCAACCAGCACUUCCCAUUGCAGCAGCAAACGCAGCAGUACUCGCCACAGCACUUGCACACCGUGCAGCAGGCGCAGCAAACAGCCGUACAGCUGCCGCCGGCGCAGGUACCGGUAGCCACCACGGUCGAUCUUACUCUGACCGGCCCGCUACGGCGCGGCAAGUGGACGCGCGCCGAGGAAGACUACGCCGCCGCCACUAUCUCGUACUUCUGCGACGGCCUCUUGGCCAUCCAGUACGGCACCACCCUGCGCGGGUACUUGGCGCAGCAGCUACAUUGUGAUCCCAUGCGGAUCUCCAAAAAGUUGCUACCUGGCUCGGUCUUCGCCGGCAUCAAGAUCAAUCCCAAGAUCGGCCGACGAGCCUACUACCCGUGCGCUCAGGACUCUCCUGCUGCUGCGCAUUCCAAGGAGAACGCUGCGCGCCACCUCACUAGUCUCCGUCAGGCUUUCAUCCAGAGCAUUGAGGAGGAGGAACAGGCACUCGAAGCCGCCAGCAACGGCGCUGUGAAGGACAGCACGAAGACGUCCAGCCCCAAGCCCACGGCCUCUAUUGGCCGCAAGCGAAGCUACGACGACAUCAACAGUGUCGUGCGUGCUCAGCAGCAACAGCAAACAGUCCAGCCGUCCGUGGAGCUCACGGAGCCUCAGAUCUUCUAUCACUUCCAGAACCAGGCUCAACCGGCACUCUUCAACUCGAGAUACUCGGCGGCGGCAAGUGCUGCUGCCGCUUCAACCACAGCAACGACUCCUGUGAUGUGCAAGCUACCCAAACUGACCGUCACAGACGACGUAUCUCGUCGUGCGUCCUACUCAACCCAGCAGCGCAGUGUGUCACCCGUGACAGUCGCAACGUCGACAGCAGUGCUGCCGCCACUGCGCGUCUCGCUGGUGCGGGCCUCCAUGUGCUAGAGGAAACUAUGUGUGCAUGACGUUUAAGUAUGAGGAAGAUAAGUUAGCGACACGAAGUAGUGUACGAUCAACCAGUAGUAAUGAUAACAGCUCCGCAUAAGCGAGCGUUCACCACCAACAGCUUCUUGCGUUUCGAU